CCAAGGCCUUUGAGCAGGCGCCGUCAUGUCUGCUCCACAUAGCUCCGCCUCCACGCAACACUUUUCCGAGGCUUCUCAUUGGAGAGCAAGCCUGUCAAGGGCCAUCUGUUGUUUCAGAGGCGGGGCCUGCUGCCCUGCCUGCACUCCGAUUGGUCCCGCGGGCCGUCUACCUCCGGCCAGACAUACCUAUAUCAGCUUUUUGUGCGACUCUUGGCCCUGGAGGACGAUCCUUUGGUGUCGAGGGCGGGGAGGACGAAAGCGCCCACUGUGGAUUGGACGGUGUCAAAAAGAGGGGCGGUCCCUACUGAAGGGGCGGUUGGAAGACGAAGGGAGGGUCUUUUCAGCGCUGAGGACUGGCGCUGAGGAGGCGGCGGUGGCUCCCGGGGCGUUUGAGCGGGCUCACCAGAGCCCGCGGGCCAACGCGGAUCCAGGCCCGACUGGCGGGACCGCCCCGGACUCCCCGCGGGCCUUCCUAGCCGCCAUGGAGGACGGCGUCUAUGAACCCCCAGAUCUGACUCCGGAGGAGCGGAUGGAGCUGGAGAACAUCCGGCGGCGGAAGCAGGAGCUGCUGGUGGAGAUUCAGCGCCUGCGGGAGGAGCUCAGCGAAGCCAUGAGCGAGGUGGAGGGGCUAGAGGCCAAUGAGGGCAGUAAGACCUUGCAGCGGAACCGGAAGAUGGCAAUGGGCAGGAAGAAGUUCAACAUGGACCCCAAGAAGGGCAUCCAGUUUUUGGUGGAGAACGAACUUCUGCAGAACACACCCGAGGAGAUCGCCCGCUUCCUAUACAAGGGCGAGGGGCUGAACAAGACCGCCAUCGGGGACUACCUGGGGGAGAGGGAAGAGCUGAACCUGGCAGUACUCCAUGCUUUUGUGGAUCUGCAUGAGUUCACCGACCUCAAUCUGGUGCAGGCCCUCAGGCAGUUUCUAUGGAGCUUUCGCCUCCCGGGAGAGGCCCAGAAAAUUGACCGGAUGAUGGAGGCCUUCGCCCAGCGAUACUGCCUGUGCAACCCUGGAGUUUUCCAGUCCACAGACACGUGCUAUGUGCUGUCCUUCGCUGUCAUCAUGCUCAACACCAGCCUCCACAACCCCAAUGUCCGCGACAAGCCGGGCCUGGAGCGCUUCGUGGCCAUGAACCGGGGCAUCAACGAGGGCGGGGACCUGCCUGAGGAGCUGCUCAGGAACCUCUACGACAGCAUCCGAAAUGAGCCCUUCAAGAUUCCUGAGGAUGACGGGAACGACCUGACCCACACCUUCUUCAACCCGGACCGGGAGGGCUGGCUCCUGAAGCUGGAUGUUCAUGGAGCCCUUCUGUGCCAGGCCCUAAGCUGGGCUGAGGAGGCAGUGAGAGGCAGGUGACGCUGUCCUUUUGUCGGGGAGAGUUCACUCUGGCUUCUCUACACUGCAUUAAUCCAGCCUGAGGGAGGCCCACCUCUGGAACCUGUUAUUUCCCUUGGCAAUAGUUGAAGAAUUCCCAGGAUCCCAGGCAGGACCGACCCUGUGCUCCAAGGCAUCAGGCCCAGAGCCCUGGCUGUCCCAGGUGCCAUCCUUCCUGAAACACCACCCACAGGCAGAAAAGAACCCAACAAGCGAGGAAAUCUAUCCCAGAUUCUGGCUCCUGGCCGCUGAGGGAAUAACCAGGGCUGGUGCAGAUGAGUUGGGAGGCACAGCAGGGAUGGAGAGGGGAGUCUUCGUUGUAACAUGUGGCACUGGCGCAUUCACGGUCGGUUAGUAUGGAUCAGACAGGAUGGUAGCGUGGUGAGGAGCUAGCACGAGGAUUGGAGUUGUUCUCAGCCCUGGCUGCACAUGAGAUUCGUCUGGGCACUUGGAAAACUCCGGUGGCCAGGCCACAGACUUCUGAAGUCAGGCUCUCAGAGGCAGGAGGGUCAUCAGUCAUGGUUAAAGUUCCCCAGGAGCUCCCAAUGUAUAGGUGAGCUUGAAAGCCGCUGGCCUGGAGCGGCGCCUGGUAACAGCAGGUGCCACCUGGGAGUUAGAUGUGGUUUACAACAGAGAAGCGGGCACAGCUGCUCCAGAGAGACGGAUCUGAGAAGUACCAUCCGCUGCAACAAUGGAGGCUUCCCGGGACAGCAGGAGAACUCAGAGGAAGCUUCCAGCUCAGGGAAGGGCAUCAAGGCCAGGCUUCUUGGAAGGAGGACUGGACAAGGCUGCUUCGGCCUCUGCCUCUUGGGGGACUCCCCAUGUGGAACUGUGCUUUUUUUUUUUUUUUUUUUUUUUUUUGGGGACAGAGUCUCACUCUCGCCCAGGCUGGAGUGCAGUGACUUGAUCACGGCUCACUGCAACCUCUCCCUCCCAGGUUCAAGUGAUUCUCCUGCCUCAGCCUCCUGAGUAGUUGGGAUUACAGGCAUGCACCACCAUGCUGGGCUGAUUUUUGUGUUUUUUUUUUUUUAGUAGAAACGGGGGUUUUACCACGUUUGUCACACUGGUCUCUAACUUGUGACCCACCUUGGCCUCCCAAAGUGCCGGUAUUAUAGGUGUGAGCCACUGCACCUGGCCUGAACUGUGCUAUUAAACCGGGGCGUCGCCACCUCAGCAGAUGCCAGGGUUUCCUGGUAAAUGUAAAAUAUGCAAGUCAGGCUGGGCGCAGUGGCCCACUCCUGCAAUUUCAGCACUUUGGGAGGCCAAGACAGGAGGAUUGCUAGAGGCCAGGACUUUGAGACCAACCUGGGCAAUAAUAUAGUGAGACCCCCAUCUCUACAAAAAAAACAUUAGCCGGGCCUGGUGGCGCAGGAGGAUUGCUUGAGCCCGAGUGGUCAAGACUGCAGUGAGUCGUGAUUGUGCGGCUGCACCUCGGCCUGGGCGGCAGAAGACCCCAUCUCUCUCAAAUAAAAAUACAUGCAAAUCAC